UGACGUCUUCCGGUACGUGACGUCAUUAGCAAGCGACUUCCCUUCUCACGGGUUUGCCCCAGACGUGAAGAAAUGGCGCCAUCCCUCACAAAGCGAAAGGAGGAUGACAAAACAAAAGACAGAGCCAAGGAAAAGACUGCUACCAAGGAAGGAGACAAGGAAAGAGGAAGGGAGAAAGCAAGGAAGCGUCGCAGUGCUUCAACUGGCAGCAGCAGCAGAUCUAGUUCUUCUGGAAGCAGCAGCUCGGGUUCUAGCUCAGGAUCUUCAAGUGGAUCGAGUUCCUCUGGUUCCAGCCGCUCUGGUUCUUCCAGCUCUCAUUCUUCAUCCUCUUCCAGCUCCUCUGGGUCCCCCAGCCCCAGCCGUAGACGCCAUGACAACCGUCGGCGCUCGCGUUCAGCGUCCAAAACACAAAAGAAGAACGAAGAUAAUAAGGAGAGAAAGAAAAGGAGCCCAAGUCCCAAACCGACUAGAAUUUACUUGGGUCGGCUAACCAGGAAUGUUACAAAGGAACAUAUCCAGGAGAUCUUUUCCACAUACGGGAAAAUCAAAACAGUCGACAUGCCAAUGUGCAGAUUCCAGCCGCAUUUAUCGAUGUGCUCUGCGUACGUGGUGUAUGAGACUCCCGAGGAGGCACAAAAGGCCGUCAAAUACAUGGAUGGAGGUCAGAUUGACGGACAGGAAAUAACCGUAUCCGCUGUUCUGGCUCAGCGAGUUCGUCGUCCUCCCCGUAGACUCACACCUCCACGCAGAAUGCUCCCGCCACCACCGAUGUGGCGUCGCAGCCCGCCCCGUAUGAGAAGAAGGUCGCGCUCCCCGAGGAGACGGUCCCCACCACGUCGCCGCUCUCGCUCCAGAUCCCCUGGCCGCAGACGCCACCGUUCUCGCUCCAGUUCCAACUCUUCCAGAUAGAUAGAUCCUGCGUUCCAACACUGAGAUGUCUUUUAAAUUUUCUGCCUCUGGAUCUGCUCAAAAGCCUACUUUCUGGUACCUAAACUGGCCAGAAACAAAUCCAACUGUGUUGUAGCCAAGUGUAACAUCUGCCCAACUGUAGAAAGGAGACAUGUCUUUGUACAGUGUGUUGAGUUUUCUUCAUAUUUUGUAGAGCUGACUUGAUCAUUAAAAGCUGAUGUAGUGUUUUUUGUGUUUCAGAUUAAAUUUGUGCUCUGUUAACAUCUCAUGCAUUAUUUUAUGUGCUGACCUUUUGGCUAUUUUGAAAAUGCACAAACUAGUUAUUUGCAUGGCUUUCAUACCAAUAAACAAACAAAAACACCA